AUGCUACUUUGGGUUUCCAUUUUGCUUGUCAUCAGGUUUUCUUUCGUUGGUGGACAGUGUAAAGUUGAGGAUAUUCAACUGAAAGAAGAUUUCGAUCCUUAUCAGUUUGAAGGAAAAUGGUUUCUCGUAUCGAUGACGAGACUAUGGGGGAUAGACUUCUCCCCGCGGAAUUUUACAAACUCAACUGGACGCACGAGUUGGGGCGACAAUGCUAAUAAAUUCUUCGGGCGUUGGUCAAGAGGAAAGAACGGGUCCCGUUCGUGGGGACACUGGAGAAGGAGGGGCGACAACGGGACAGUCCCAAAUGACGUUACACAUAGGCCUGGGAGUAUGGGAGGCCAAAGUUCACGCAGGUCAUGGGGCACGAGGAUGUCCCGUGGUGACGACUUAUUUUCAACACGGCAAGGAGAAUCGCCGACAGAAUCCAGUUAUCCUCAAGGAUCGGAAACCAGGGAGGGAUGGCUAAGGAAAUCCGACGGAACAGCUGUUCCAACAGGAAGUCCAACAGGCAAACCAAGGAGGCCUCCUGGGGGAAGGAGAAGUCCUUCUCCUACAGAUGGAACUCAACAGGGCAGCUGGCCGAGGGGUUCAAUGGGUUCGUCAUCAAGAACAACGACUUCUGCUGGGCGGCGACAAAGGUUUUGGUCAAGCCCGACAUCAGCUAUGUCUAGAAGAUUCCAGGAAGUAUUCAAUCCAAAGAAUUUCCAAAUGGAAACUGCUGUUCGGGAUGACUCGAACAUUGACAUGUUCAUUGUUGGCGAGUUCUUCGGACGUUGCAUAUUCACCAAGGGUCAGGGUUCAAUUGUUGAUGCCCGGAACACGGCUAAACUUGAAGUUAAUUUUCCUGUUCGAUGGUUCCUGCCUUGUCAGCCAUUUUGGAUUGUUGAUACAGAUUAUGUCGGAUACUCCGUUGUGUACUUUUGUCUCGAGAUCCUCGAUGACGGCACGUGUGACCCAGAUUCUGCCACUGUAUGGACGUUCAACCGGAAGUUGACGGGGCACAAUGAAAUGGAGAUGGACAUGGUUAAGAAAGUAAUGACACGACUGUGUGUGGAAGAAACAGCCCUGACCCCCAUGCGCCAAACCGAGUAUUGCCCAAUUGAAGACGAAAAUGUUCAAAAUCAAAGGAAUUCAAAACCAACAAUUCAUUGCAAUAAUGCAGAUCAGCGAUCACUUCGGAUCGCUUUAGAUUCUACAUACAAUACCGUGUCAUCCAGAAAUAAUGCAGCUCAAAGGCAUUCGUUAUCCCCAAAAAUUAUUCCAUCUCUGAGGCUCAUCACUCUCCUGGUGUCCUUCUUGUUGUGUAAAUCGAAAUCAUUUCUAUUCCUAUAA